AUGGAUAAUUAAAAUUCAUAGCCCUCUACUAUUUUAUUUUAAGAAGCUAUUGAUUUCUUAGUUAAAAUAUUCUAGAUAUUUAAAUUUCCAUAAAUCAAAAUCUGUUUCAACGGAGGUAAGGAUGCGACAGUGGUUCUCUACUUAGCGAAGAUGGCUUUAGAGAAAUUAUAAAUAUCUAGAGAAAUUGAAUGUAUAUAUUUUAAAGAAAAGUAACCAUUCCCUGAGAUCAUAGAAUUUAUGGAAUAAUAAAAAAAGGCCUUGAACUUAUAAAUUGUGGAAUGUAAAGGGUGUGUUAAGGAGAAUCUCCAAAAUUAAGUAUAAUUACAAGCUGUGAUAAUGGGAACACGAAGAAGUGAUCCCCAUGGAAAAACCCUUAAUUUAAUUUCAAUAACAGAUAAUAAUUACCCAAGUCUUUUACGCAUCAAUCCUAUUUUAGAAUGGAAUUAUUCUUAAAUUUGGGAAUUUAUUAGAACUUUUAACAUACCUUAUUGUUCACUCUAUGAUUAAGGGUAUAUGUGUUUAGGUGAGGUUGGUAAAACUUAACCAGAUAAAAAUUAUAAAAUAGGCAUGAAACCUUGGGAGUUUGAUCCUUAAUUUGAAAGAUAAAACAGAGAAUGA